UUGGACAAGCACCCGCUAAAUGAAAGAUUGAUUGAGGCUGCCUGCUCCCAUUUUGUGGGAAUCGGCUGUUUGGUGUCGGCUGUUUGGUGUCUUGUAUUUUCCAUACCAGACUGAGGUUAAUAUCUUGCCUCCUGGCGUGAGGCAAUACGAAUCUACAUCUUUAGGGCCGAUGAAUAAACGAGAUGAUGAACGAGAACGAGGAAGUCGCGCUUGUGGGAUGGGGAGUUCACAAUAACAGCUGGACUGUCCACUCUAUCAACGCCCGCCUGUCAUUGAAUGACAGUCACUGAGCGGAAGACAGAAAGAGGCGUCUCCACCGUGCGGCGCCACGAUCGAUGCGACACAGUACACCUGAGGAGUGAACCAUACCUGCGGAGAGUAGACUCUUCUCCAAAACCAGCUCGCCAACAUGGGGUUAUCACCUUCUAGUCUCCUAGAUGAACAUGGAUCCAACUACAUACGAGGUUGUGCAGAGGCAGAGUUGAAAGAGUUCAGUCCCCACUACAGGACACAGUACUCUGUGGUCUUCUUCUCCCAAGUCCAGGAUGAGCUGCAGCAGCCAAAAGAGAAAAUAAAACAGCUCCUCAAACAGAGGGGUCCUCCGGAGGCGGGGGAGGUGCUGUAUGAGGAACAAGUCUUUCAUUUUGAAGCAACCAGGUGGGAAGAGAGGUACGUGGUGGUGCGUGGCAACUACUGCCUGGAGUGCCACAGCAGCUUCGAGACCUUUGUGAAGGGUGUGCCCCCGCGCCACAAGCUGCUGCCAACAGGGGGCACAGUGCUCACCACAGAAGAGAAAUACAUGGCCAUGGUGGACAAAUGCUUCCCUGUUUCUGAAACCAACAAUGUGAAUGAAAAGUUUGCCCCUCCUAUAAUUGGCAUGCCUGGACAGUUCCCUGUAUACCUCAGGCUUCCGUACCGUAGGGAUUACUACUUCUGCUUCCGACAGGAUGCUCGCCAAGCUGAAUUCCUCUCCAUCCUCUCCGACUGCAUCCGCCACCAGAACCAAGACUUCCUAAAGAAGAAGACAGUUGAGGUGCAGGCCUUCCUCAAAGCAGUCCACCUCUACAGACAGGAGAAGGGCAGCUAUGACUCCUGGAAAAUGCUGAUUGGCAGUGACGUCAGGGUACUGGCCAACCUGGUUAUGGAGGAGCUGUUGCCCUCUUUGGAGAAGGACAUGCUGCCUCAUCUAAAAGCCAGGAAGACAGAGAGGAAGAGAGUGUGGUUCGCUACCGUAGAAGCGGCCUAUAUCCUGGUGCAGGAGUGUCUAUUUGAGGGUAUGUCUGCUCUGAAGGAGGAGUGUAGGAAGGCAACUCACCAGCAGGAGGUGCUGAUACGCUCUGAUAUGGACCAGAUCCUCAACUCCAGAACCUACCUGGAGGGAAAACUACGAGCCAGUGUAUUGGAGCCAGCAGAGAAGUUCUGUUCGGAGGGAGUGCAGCCCUACCUGGCCUCCGUACUGGAGGAGCUGAUGGGACCAAUCAGCUCAGGGUUCCAGGAAGCACGGCUCCUGAGUGACAGCCAAAUGGACCAACUGUGUCAGGACUUCCAGGAGGGUGGGGUUACCGAUGAACUCAAGCAGGCCCUAGCUAAACUGAGUAGGCCAAAUCUGUUGAGUUGUUACCAGAGGAUCAACUCUCUCCACGACCAGCUGCACAACCUGCAGGAACGCUUUGGCUUCACCAACAUCAGCAGCCUGGUCCACAGCACCCAGAUAGACCUACAGCAGCUGGUGGAGAACGCAGCGUACACAUUCCAUCUGCUGCUCUACAAGGACAUAGAGGACAACCCAGGCAACGCAUGCUCUGCCAUGGAGAAGUCCAGGCACAAGGUGCUCAAGCAAUAUGACCAUGACAGCAGUACGGCGAGGAAAAGGAUCUUUCAUGCGGCCUUGGUGGGGAUCACCCUCCCUCACAUCAAGAAGACCCUGGCCCCCACUUACAAAACAGCGCUGCAGGGUCUUAAACAGUUCAUCUAUGCAGACUAUUCCAACUUUGUCCAUGUUCACAAUAUCUAUGAGGGCAUUUUGCGGCAGAGUCUGGACAAGGAAGUCAUCAAAGUGGUGGAGGAGGCAGCCAGGCUGAAGAAACACAAUCUGUUCACAGACACCAGAGACAUCCUGAGCCAGUCCACCUCCUCCAGCCUCCUCUCCACCCCUUUCAUCCCAGCAACCCAGCCAGGAUGCUAGGCUUCCCCGGACAGCUCCAGACCCAGCCUGAGACCCCUACCUUUAUCCAGACCCACCCUGAGACCCAGCCCGAAGCCGA